GUGACCCCCCAAAAAACACCCUGUUUUGAGGGGGUCGUGCUUAAAGACACGCCCUUUUCCAUGAAAACACGCCCCUUUCCACCAAACCACGCCCCUUUCCGUCAAACCGCGCCCUUUUCCGUCAAGACCCGCCCUUCCACAAGCUCCGCCUCCCGUUUAAGGCCUGCCCCCGAAUUCGGGGCCGCGGCCCCUUUAAAUUUCCGCUGUGGGCGGGACCUUAACCACCCUCGGGUCACGCCCCUUUUCGCUCUGAUUGGAUACACUGACCCGGAAGUGGCUCGUAGGCGUGGUUACACCCAGAAGUCGCGCGUGGAUUGGUCGAUUCGGGGCGGGGCGGGGUUAAGGAUGGGAGAGAAGGCACCGAUUGGUCGUUUGCGAUGGGCGUGGCCUGAGUACGCGCGGGGCACGGCGGGAAAAGUGCGAGGAGGCCCCGGACGGGCCAAACCAACAGAAGGCCCGGCCAUGCCCCCCCCUCGCUGCUCCCGCUGCCCCAACCCCUCAUCCCUGCUGCGCUCCCGCUCCCUCCUCCCCUUCUGCCGCCACUGCUUUGUUGCCGCCUUCGAGGCCGAGACCCUCCGUGCCCUGCUCGGCGACCCCUCGGGGACCCCCAAACCGGGGCAGGGGGUGGCCGUGGCGGCCUCGGGGGGCAAAGAUUCCACCGUACUGGCCCACGUUCUGUCCCAGUUGGAUCGGUGCCACAAUUUGGGGCUGAAGUUGGCGCUGCUGGCCGUGGACGAGGGCAUCUCCGGCUACCGAGAACCCUCCCUGGUGGCCCUCAGGGAGGUGGCCCUGGCCCUGCCCCUGCCCCUGCUCGUGGUGGAGCACCGGGAGCUCUUCGGGCUCACCGUGGACCAGGCGGGGCCGGCGCUGGGCGGGAGGAGCCGCUGCACCCUCUGUGGGGUCCUCAGGAGGAGGGCAAUGGAGAGGGGGGCCAGGGAGAUGGGGGCCGACUGGAUAGUGACUGGUCACAACGCUGAUGACGUGGCCGAGACGGUUCUGAUGAACUUCCUGCGCGGGGAUGUGGCCCGGCUGCGGCGCGCGGCCAAUGAGGCCACCGGGGCCACCAACGAGGCCACCGCGGCCACCAGUGAGUUCUCCAGGGCCACCAACGAAGCCAUUGGGGCCAACGAGGCCACCGGGGCAACCAACGAGGCCACUGGGGCCACCAAUAAGGCCAAUGAGGCCGAUGAGGCCACUGGGACCACCAAGAAGGAACCCAACAGAAACCCAACAGAACCCAACGACAACUCAUCGGAAUCCAACGGAAACUCAACGGAACCCAGUGACAACUCAUCGGAACUCAAUGGAAACCCAACGGAACCCAAUGAUAACUCAUCGGAACCCAACGGCAACUCAUCGGAACCCAACAACAACUCAAUGGAACCCAAUGACAACUCAUCAGAACUCAAUGACAACUUAUCGGAACCCAACAGAAACCCAACAAAAUUGAACAGAAACCCAGUGGAACCCAACAGAAACCCAGUGGAACCCAACGACAACCCAAUGGAACCCAACCAUGACUCAUUGGAACCCAAAAGAAACCCCACAAAAUUCGACAGAAACUCAAUGCAACCCAACGACAAUUCAUCAGAACUCAAGGGAAACCUAAGAAACAGCAACGGAAACCCAACGAAAUUCAACAGGAACCCAAGGAAACCCACCCAGACCCCCCCCCAACCCAACGCCACCCGCCCAGCGGUGCCACGGCUGAAGCCGCUGCGUCACGCGGCGCAGAGGGAGAUCGUGCUCUACGCCCACUUCCUGGGGCUCUCCUAUGCCAGCUCCGAGUGCCACCACGCGCCCUUGGCCUUCCGGGGCCACCCCCGCGCCCUCCUCAAGGACCUGGAGGCCGCCCGGCCGGCGGCCGUGGCCGCCUUGGCCCACUCGGGGCACCGGCUGGCCCUGGGGGCGGCGCCGGGCGCGGGGGAACCGCCAGGGGCUUGCGGGCGCUGCGGGUCAGUGGCCAGCGGUGACCUGUGCAUGGCCUGCGCCCUCCUGGCCGCCCUGGACAAGGGGAGGCCACGGUUGGCGUUGGGCAAGCGCGGGGUCAGGGUGGCUACCGGGGCAGACAGGCAAUGGGAGGGUGAGGGGGGAGAGCAGGGUGGCCACUGGGAUGGGCCCUGUGGUGGCCAUGGAGUUGGGGGACCUGGAGAUGGGAGUGGUGGCCACCAGGAGGGGGGUGAUGGCCACUGGGAUGGGAGUGGUGGCCACGGGGUUGAGGGGCCUGGAAAUGGUGGUGGCGGCCGCCAGGAGGGGGGUGGUGGCCAAGGGGCUACUGGCUGUGAGGGUGGUGGCCGUGGGGGCAGUUCUGGUGGCCACGGGGGCUGUGGCUGCAGGGCUGGUGGCCCUGGGGCUGGUGGUCAAGCUGGUGGCCAUGGGGGCUGUUCUGGUGGUCACGGGGGUGGUUCUGGUGGCCACGGGGGCUGUGGCUGCAGGGGUGGUGGCCCCAGGGCUGAUGGUCAAGCUGGUGGUCACGGGGGCAAUUCUGGUUGUCACGGGGGCAGUUUUGGUGGCCAUGGGGUCUGUGGCCACAGGGUCGCUUUUGGUGACCCCCUGGGCCGGGAAGUGCAGGUCGAGGUGGUUUCGCGGGGGGGUCGCUCUGAGCGGCGCUGCCUGAGGGGCUUCGGGCACAUACGGGGGGGCCUCGACAUCUGGGACUUCUGAGGGGGGUCCCGGGGGCAGUUUGGGGGGCCCUGGGGCAGUUUAGGGGGCCCUCGGUGCGAAUUUUGGGUCCCUGGCAUCAGUUUGGGGGUCCCCGGGUUAGUUUUAGGGGUCCCUGGCGCAGUUUUGGAGGUCCCAGGGGCAGUUUGGGGGACUGUGGGGGCAGUUUGGGGAUCCCUGGGGCAGUUUGGGGGUCCCUGGGUUAGUUUUGGGGGUCCCAGGGGCAGUUUUGGAGGUCCCUGGGGGCAGUUUGGGAGUCCUGGAGUCUCUUUGGGAGACCCUUGGGGGCAAUUUUGAGUCCUUGGGGUCAGUUUGGGGGGGCCUUGAUCUCUUUUGGGGGGCGUGUCCAUGAAAAUGAGGAUCUACUUUUGGGGCGUGUCCAUGCAAAUGAGGAUCUGCUUUUGGGGCAUGUCCAUGCAAAUGAGGGGUCGCUUUUGGGGGCGUGUCCAUGCAAAUGAUGCCCAACGAUCACAAAUAAAACAAGAUU